AAAUAAAACCCCUCUCUCUCUCACUCUCUCUCUCUCUCUCUCUCUCUCUCUUCUCCUGCAAUCCAAAACCUCUGCUUCAAUGGCUUCGCUCUUUUCUCCAACAACUCGGAUGACACUAAGCCCCAAUCUAGUUCUAGCCUCUCCUUCUCCUUCUUCUUCUCGCAGACCUUCUCCGCCGACGAGUUUUCUUUCUCCGUUCGUCGGUGGCAGCGUCUCCGGCGACUUUUCGGGUCUCAAGAUCCGACCCGCUUCCCUCAGCACACCCUCCAGCUCAAAUGCUAAACGUGGCGUUGUCACAAUGGUAAUUCCCUUCUCAAGAGGAAGUGCUUGGGAGCAACCUCCGCCAGAUUUAGCGUCGUAUUUGUACAAGAAUCGAAUUGUGUACUUGGGGAUGUCUCUUGUUCCAUCUGUUACCGAACUUAUAUUAGCAGAAUUUCUUUACCUUCAAUAUGAAGACGAGGAAAAACCAAUUUACCUCUAUGUAAAUUCUACUGGGACGACCAAGGGUGGGGAGAAGUUGGGCUAUGAGACAGAAGCUUUUGCAAUAUAUGAUGUUAUGAGGUACGUAAAACCACCCAUCUUCACGCUAUGUGUUGGUAAUGCAUGGGGAGAAGCUGCAUUGCUAUUGGCUGCUGGUGCAAAGGGGAAUCGUUCUGCCUUACCCUCGUCCACAAUCAUGAUUAAGCAGCCAAUCGCUAGGUUUCAGGGUCAAGCAACUGAUGUAGAGCUUAUGAGGAAAGAAGUUAGAAAUGUGAAGGCUGAAUUGGUAAAACUGUACGCAAAGCAUAUUGGAAAAUCGCCCGAGGAGAUUGAAGCGGACAUUAGGCGUCCAAAAUAUUUCAGUCCCAGCGAAGCUCUUGAAUACGGAAUCAUCGAUAAGGUUCUGUACAACGAGAGGGGCAGUGAAGACAGAGGAGUUAUGUCAAACCUAAAAAAGGCACAACUUAUUUAAUGGAUUAUUUCGCAAGUAGUUGUAUGAAUGGAAGCAUGGCAAGAUGCAGUAAUUACCCACAAAUCGGAGGCUAAUUAGAUUCUUUGAUGUUGGGUAAAUGAAGAACAACUUGAACUCAAGAGUGCACUGGCUAUUUACGGGGGACGCUAAUCCUUUUAUUACCAAAACGAAGGUGGUGUGCUUAUGUUCUAUGUUUGACAAUAGUAGGUUACUGAAAAAUGUUAAAGAUCAAGUGUAUUUAUUUGUAUCCGGUUACUCCAGAGUGAGCUUCAAUAUGCAAGUCUACUAUAUAACCUAUUAGGUACUCUUGAGAA